CCCCUCUCUCCUCUCUCUCUCUCUCUCUUUCUUUCUUUCAUUCUUCGACUUCAUUUUUCUUUUCUCCCGUUCUCCAAAAAGCAAACUCAUCCUUUUCUCCCCUCCAUUUUUUCUUUACAACCCCCUCUUCCUUUUUGGUCUCCCUCAUAUAUACGACAUCGUCUUUUUUAACUUCGACUUCGACUUCUUCUUAUUAUUCUUAUUCUUGUUCCGUUUCCGCCUUCCAAAGUUUUUGGGAAACGCGCGAGUUAAUUUUUUCGCGAUAGUUUUGUGUGUUGUACUUAAACUUCAAGUAGCAAUCUUCGUCGGGGCAAAAUUUGUUGUCUCGAGACUUUUACUACCUCAUAUAUACCUGCUGUUGUUCGUUCACAUAAUCAACAACGGUACUUGCUGAUUUUAUCAGAUCGAUAUAUUCGAUCGGUAUAAUACCGGAACUAUCAAAUCCGUGGAUCGUCCUCAGCGUGUCAGUGUCUUCUCGUUCUCCUCGUCGUCCAACUUCUUGGGAAUUAAUCGAGACUCGUAAUUCACAAAGAGGACGAAGAGAGUAAGCUUCUUCUUCUUUUCCUUCUUCUUCUUCUUCUUCUUCUUCUUCCGAGGUCGUCGUUCUUCUUCAACUUCUUUUUCUUCUUCUACUUCUACUUCUACUUCUUCUUCUUCCUCUUCUUCAUUAGAUCGUAUCUGCCCAACUUUUUUUACCGUGUGACAUUAGAGAGUCUCGAGAUGUUACUCUCCGGUGCUUGGUUUGAAGUAAUAGCAGCAACACUUCUCACUAUUUUACUUCUGGCUACUAGUUAUCGACCACCUUGGUGGUUCUGGACCGGAACUACUCAUAAAUCUAAUGGCAUAUCGGAAGAAAAGGAUAGGAAGCCAUUUAAAACAGCACGAGAUGUGCCAGGUCCAUUCUCUUUACCUAUUCUUGGCACAAGAUGGAUAUACUCCUGGAUGGGAUACUAUCGAAUGAACAAGAUUCACGAGGCUUACAAAGAUCUGAAUCGACGCUACGGAGGCUUGUGCAAGGAGGAGGCAUUAUGGAACUGGCCAGUUAUAUCGGUAUUUUCUCGCCAUGACAUUGAGCUGAUACUUAGGAAAGGAUCAAGAUAUCCUCUUCGUCCUCCUCAAGAAGUCAUAUCGCACUAUCGACACUCGCGACGUGAUCGAUAUACUAAUCUUGGUCUCGUAAAUGAACAAGGCGAGACUUGGCAAAAGCUUCGUUCUGCUCUAACUCCGGAACUCACUGGUGCUAGCACGGUUCUCGGCUUCUUUCCUGCUCUAAAUAUCGUCUGCGACGGUUUCAUCGAGCUCAUACGAAAACGUAGAACCAUGUUUGGCGUUGUGGGAUUCGAAGAACUCGCAUAUAAAAUGGGACUCGAGAGUACUUGCACGUUGAUUCUGGGUCGGCAUCUUGGCUUCUUAAAGCCGGAUUCGAGCGACACGCUUACUACAAGAUUAGCGGAAGCAGUUAGAAUUCAUUUCACGGCCUCCCGAGAUGCCUUUUAUGGGUUGCCGCUUUGGAAGGUGCUACCCACAUCCGCAUACAAACAGCUGAUUGAGAGCGAGGAUGCUAUUUACAAUAUAAUUUCGGAAUUAAUGGAAGCAACGAUAAUCGAAAAAAGAAACGAUGCACGUGACGAAUCCGUGGAGGCCGUUUAUCAAUCGAUUUUACGACAAAAAUCGUUAGACAUAAGGGAUAAAAAAGCAGCCAUAGUGGACUUUAUUGCGGCUGGUAUACACACAUUGGGUAAUACCUUAGUCUUUCUCUUCCACAUGAUAGGAAGUAAUCCAAAAGUACAACAGACCCUUUACGAGGAAGCCAUGUUAUUGGCACCACCAGGUUGCGAUCUGACCGUUGAUGAUCUUCGAAAAGCACGUUAUUUGCGUGCAUGUAUAACCGAAGCGUUCAGGCUCGUUCCUACUGCACCAUGCAUCGCAAGAAUCUUAGACGAACCUAUCGAAUUGGACGGUUAUCAUCUCGAUACUGGGACGGUAGUUCUCUUGCAUACAUGGGUAGCUGGAUUAGACGAGAAUAACUUUAAGAAUGCGUCCAAAUGCGAGCCUGAAAGAUGGCUGAAUCCUACGGUACCACAUUCGCCAUUACUGGUAGCUCCUUUCGGUUCUGGUCGAAGAAUCUGCCCAGGCAAACGCUUUGUGGAACUUGCUCUACAACUUAUCCUAGCUAAGAUCGUUCGAGAAUUCGAAAUCAUAGUAAACGAUAAACUCGAUCUACAGUUCGAGUUUAUCCUCGCACCGAAAAGUCCGGUCUCGCUCGGUUUUCGAGAUCGCGUGGAAGUGGUAUGAAAAAACAAAAACAAAAACAAAAACAAAAA